GGGCCCGGCUCAGGCGGGGCCGCCGGCUUUCGCCACUUCUGCUUCUCAAAAGCGAAAAGGAGAAGCAGUGCCUGAGUUGCGGAGGGUUUCUGGGGGAAGGCGUGGUUGGUAUUUCAUGUCUGAAGUACCCGCGGGUACUGGGGGUGCUGCCUGCGUGAGCACCCGCUGUUGUAGCCUGCCCGAGGAGCAGGGCCAGGUGUCACUGCCAUUGCCUGGCCCUGCCAAAGCUGAGCAGGCCAGCCAAACCUUACCCCUUAUUUAUGCACCCCUGAGGGUCAGCCUCGCCUUACCUCAGGGUACAAAAGCCGCUGGGUGCUGAUGUGAGCUUGCUCAUGCACUCAGAAAGGUGGAGAACAUGGUGGUGGUCACAUACCCUGCACAUGGUUCAGCAGUCCUGCCCUUGGUUUUUGAUCUUUAAGCUGGGUUAUCCUGGGUUAUCCAGCGUUAUCCUGCCAGCAUCCCAGCAGGACAUCUCCAGGUGUCCCUGGCCCAGGGCUGGGCUGCCACACGCUUACCCACGUGUCUUCUACAUUGAAGUAGUCGUGGGACGAAAAAUGUGUCCUAAGGGGGUGGAAAACUAUGUGGCAUCCAUAGUGCUGAGUGCAGUCGGUGACACGCUGGGAUAUUACAAUGGGAGAUGGGAGUUCCAGAAGAGUGGCCCAGUCAUCCACAAGGAGCUGGCAGACAUGGGGGGACUGGGCAACAUCAGCCUCCAGGGUUGGAUAGUCAGCGAUGAUACCGUGAUGCACUUGGCCACGGCCGAAGCCCUGGUAGAAGCCGGGAAAAACCCGAGAUUACCACAUCUCUACACUCUGCUUGCAAGGAACUACAAGGAGUGCAUGAAUGACAUGGAGGGCAGAGCUCCAGGUGCCAUGUCUCUGGAAAGCACCAUGAAGCUGGAUCCGGGGCAGCCGAACGGCUGGCGGAUCCCGUUCAGCCCGCGGGCAGGAGGCUGCGGGGCUGCCAUGCGCGCCAUGAGCAUCGGGCUGCGCUUCUACCAGCCCGCCCAGCUGGACACCCUGGUCAAACUCAGCAUCGAGAGCGGCCGCAUGACCCACCACCACCCCACUGGCUACCUGGGGGCCCUGGCCUCAGCCCUCUUCACGGCUUACGCAGUGAACAGCGUCCCCCCCGUGGCCUGGGGGAAGGGGCUGAUGGAGGUGCUGCCACAGGCAAAAGCCUACGUGCAGGAGUCCGGCUUCUUCGUGAAGGAGAACAUGGAGCAAUGGUAUUACUUCCAAGAGCAGUGGAAAAAAUACCUGGCGGAGAGAGGCAUCUCGGACGGGGUCUCGUCACCCAAAUUCCCAGCCAAGUACGGCGUGGAAGAGAGAGACUCGUUCUACACCUCCCUCAGCUACAGUGGCUGGGGAGGCAGCAGCGGGCACGACGCGCCCAUGAUCGCCUACGACGCCCUGCUGGGCGCGGGGGACUCCUGGACGGAGCUGGCUCACCGCGCCUUCUUCCACGGAGGUGACAGUGACUCCACAGCUGCCAUCGCUGCCAGCUGGUGGGGUGUCAUUCAUGCCUUCAAGGGGGUUCCCCCCUCCCUCUACGCCCAUCUGGAGUACAAGGACCGCCUGGAGAAGGUAGCCAAGGGUUUGUACAACAUCAUCUAGGCAGGAGGUGGCAGGGCACCCCACAGGCACACUUACCCAGCGGCCAUCCCAUGCUCUCUUGCUUGGUUUGCAAACCUGCCAGUUAAAUCUCAAGAAUGUAAGCCAGAGCCAGACCUGCCUUUUCUCUGUGUGCUGGCUUCAGUGGGGAGGCCACAUAGGUGCUAGCUUGGGGCUGGUGUUUUGACGGGAACACACAAUGGUCCCCCGAGACAUCACUCCUGCGCUGCAGGGUGGCUGCACAUCACCUGGUCCUCAAGAGGAGCAGGAGCACCCAGAGCAGCCCUGCUGGUCCUGCUGCAGCAGCAGGACAGGCAGCAAACCCCACUCAGGCUGCCCGAAACCAGCAUCCUCCCCCUACAAGGGGAGCAGGGAGCACAAGCAGCCCAUUGUGUCUGGGGACAGCAGAGCUUUCUUAUAAAAUUAUUUUAGCAGGGGAUGGUUUUUGUUUCAAAUGAAUGUGGAAGAAAACCCCAAACCUGACCUUAAAGCUGUAUGAGCAGUGCAUUUUACCCAAUUCCACACCACUUCUGCAAUACAGGUAGGAAUGCAUCAUGCUACUUCCCUAUUUCAAUGAAUGUAGGAGAAUUCAAGACUCCUGAUGAAAUCCUUACUUAAGGCAAAAGUGGGUAAGGAGAAUUAAACAGGUUGCAUUGUACAUCAGCUUCUGUAGUGAACUAUGUCCUGCUUUCAUCAAGGUUACUAAAGGUAAUUUGCUUAACAUUUGCUAUGCAUAAUUCUAUUAAAAUAAGGUUUUUCUUCAAAUCCAGACUAUGACACAGCAAAGCAUUUAAACUGUUUUCAGAACAAUUUCAAAACCAGUUUAUCCCAUUCAAUAAAAAGACUUGACAAGCCUCUGUUAAAUGUUGUGUUCUAUUAUGGCAUGGGUUGAGGGUUUGGAUGGGUUAUGAAAUCAGAGGUGCCAGGUGUCUACAAGCUCCAGCUGCAAGAGGAGAUGUGCUACCA